UGAUUAAGUUUUAUGACAGCAUUGCAUUUAUUAUUUCAUAGAAGAGAGACUAGUUUAGACUGGUUUCUACUAAACAUCCAUCGAAUUGCACCAUUGUAUGUAAGAAACAACUCUGAUUAUGUUGGCAUCUGACUUCACACUUCAAUCUUAUCUUAUCUCAACCUUUCUCCUUUAAAUCUGGACUUGUUUUCUUUAUGUUAGAAAUGUGUUAUUGAAUCUGUUUAAUAAACACAUUUUGAAAUAUGUUUUGUGCAAGUUUAGCUGUAUUGCUGUUAUGCUGCACCAUCUGCUACAGUGCUGUGGAUCAGUGUGGCGAGACACAUGAAACGUACUCUAAUUGGCUUCAUGAAGAAAAUACUUGCUCAGAUUCUCAAGAUAUUGGUGAUUUUGGAAGUUCCCUGAUUAAAGACAUUUACACAUCUGUCAAGAAGGCAGAAUGUGAUUUAGCCAAUCCAUCAGAUUACCCUCCCCACUACAGUCCUCGGGAGGGAGAAGAGUUUGAUUUCAUCAUCGUUGGUUCCGGCUCAGCGGGGGCUGUCAUUGCCAACCGCUUGUCUGAGCUCUCAGAGUGGAACAUACUCCUUCUUGAAGCUGGUGGUAACCCUACAAAAACUACUGAGAUACCCGGUGUAUACAUGGCACUUUCUAAGUCUGAGUUGGAUUGGCAAUACCAAACAGAUCAGUAUGAGGAUAACUGUCUCGGUAUGAUAAACAAUAGUUGUAAUAUGCCAAGAGGAAAAGUGCUUGGAGGUACAAGUGCAAUUAAUGCCAAUAUUUAUGUCAGAGGAAACUGGAGAGAUUUUGAUUCAUGGGCAGCUGUAGGAAAUGAAGGCUGGGAUUAUGAAAAUGUUCUAAAAUAUUUCAAAAAAUCAGAAAACAUUAAAGCAAAAGAGGUUUUGAAAACUUCAAACUACCAAAAUUACCAUGGGGAAAAUGGAUUUUAA